GGGCCUAUCGAACCCUCCGUACCGCUCGACCAAGUGCGCCAGGAAGGUUAUCCACUCCCGAAAGACUUCGAUUGGUGCACAGUAGACAUGACGGAUGAGACGCAGUGCAAGGAGGUGUACGAGCUUCUGUCCGCCAACUACGUGGAGGACGAUGAUGCGAGCUUCCGGUUUGCGUACACUGCGCCUUUCUUGAGAUGGGCACUUAUGCCUCCUGGCUAUGAGCCCUCAUGGCACGUCGGUGUCCGUGUAACUUCCAGCAGGAAGCUGGUUGGCUUCAUCUCCGGCGUGCCGAUAAAGCUGAAUAUCAGGGGCACGAUGGUCGAUUCUACAGAGAUCAACUUCCUUUGUGUGCACAAGAAGUUGAGGGGCAAACGUCUCGCCCCCGUCCUGAUCAAGGAAGUGACCCGGCGCGUACAUUUGGUCGACAUCUGGCAGGCGAUCUACACUGCGGGCGUGGUGAUUCCGACUCCCGUCUCUACCUGCCGGUACUACCACCGCACGCUCAACCUCCCCAAGCUGGUUGAUAUCGGGUUCACGGCCGUGCCGCGCUCUAUGACGCUCGCUCGUCUAGUCAGGCAGACAGCACUGCCUAAGAAGACAUCCAUCCCAGGGUUGAGGGAGAUGGAGCUUGCCGACAUUCCUCAGGUUGAGGCGCUCAUGAACAAGUACAUGAAACGGUUCGACAUGGUCCCCGUGUUCAGCAGGGAGGAAAUCGAGCAUAUGUUCCUGAGCGGAAAGGGGUCGGAGCCGAUGGUGAAUCCUGCCCGCCGGACGGAUCAGGUGGCGUGGGCUUACGUCGUCGAGACCGAUGGUAAGAUCACCGACUUCUUCUCAUUCUACACGCUUCCCUCGUCUGUGAUUGCGAAUACCAAAGGGCACAAGAUGCUUGAAGCUGCAUACCUCUUCUACUAUGCCACAUAUGUGCCCGAGCCGGAGAGCAAGCAACGCUUGUACGACCUCGUCGGCGACGCACUGAUUAUCGCUCGUGAUGCCGACUUUGACGUGUUUAACGCGCUGACGAUGAUGGACAACUGGGAUUUCUUAGAGGACCAUAAGUUUGGAAAGGGCGAUGGGCUCCUCAACUUCUACCUGUACAACUGGCGUACUCCACCUCUUGAGGGACACAUCCCUAUAGAAGGAGGAAAUGGUAUCGGCCGAGGUAUUGGUGUGGUCAUGUUGUAG